UCCACACGGAUCAAAGUUUGGAAAGUGGCGGCGGCGGGCGAUGGAACGCACGGGCGAAUUUACACGCAUCACGCAGCUGUUCUCGGAUGCGCCGAUCAUCAUGGCGAGGCACCGGCCACUGUCCAAGUACGCGCGUGUGGCCCAGCAGAUCUCGGACGCCAUCUCACAGACGGAAUCGCUCUUGAAGGAUUUAUCCAACUUGGCGACGAAAAAGCACAUCACGGUCGAAGACGACCCGACUAAGCAGAUUUCGGACAUCGUGGAGAUUGUCAAGAAGUCCAUUCCGCCGAUGCUCAAGGACAUUGAAACAUUUGAGGGCGCCGUGGCCGGCGAUAACCAACAGCAAAAGCACUUUUACAUUGUCUGCAGCUCCCUCAAGACGCGCAUGUCCAAUUGCGGCAAGGCGUUGCAGGAAGGCAUGCAGACUCGCGCGUCCGUGAUCAAGAAACAAAGCGAGCGGCGGACCAAGUUUGGCUUCACCGGUCAAGCGCCGAGCGUGCAAAUCUCGACGCCGCUGACCAUUCGCAAUAAACUCCAGGCAGCGCCAACCCCGUCGUCGUAUCCCACAUACCAGCAACUAUCGCAGCAACAUCCAAGCAAUGUGUCCGACCCGCACUUGUCUCCGUCCCCUGCAGGCGUACCAGGGGCCGACGCGUCUGCUCCAGGCAUGCUCCGUCGGCGGCCGUUUAUGAACCCAAGUGCCGCCGGAGCCUCGUUUGCCCAGCAGCAGCAUCAGCAAUCCCUCAUGCGACACCGUACCGCGCAAUCUCGACUAAACGACGCACAGCAUAUGGAAGCGACGAUCGUCGAGGUUGACUCAUCUAAGCAAAUGAGGUGCUUUCUACUUGAUUGCGUAGAUUGGAGGCAUGUAUAGCCGCAUGACAGGACUACUGGCCAGCCAGGAAGAAACAUUGGGUCGCAUCGAAGACGACAUGACCACCGCGCACGCCAACGUCGAAAGUGGUUAUGUACGUUGUUAUAGUGUCCUUCUUGUACCCAAAAUUUGGCUGACUAUUGUGAUGAAUCGCCAAAUCUAUCGAUUCUUUUUCUUUUAUAUGUCAUCCAGUGUCACACUAAUUGGAGUCACACACGAAUUCAAUGUUGAAUUGGUCCAAGAGUGGAGUAUUUGAUUGGCUACUUGGUUCUUGAUCUGGGUUUUGAUUGGU